AUAAGUAAGACUAAUUUUAAUAUAUUGUUCCAGAGAUGGAGAAACUGUAUCUCGAUGUAUUAAAACGUGAGGAAGAACGUAUAGCUUAUCAGAACAAAAUUGUUCUUCUUUACCAGAAAGAAUUACGUAAUCGUAGAGGAAAAGUAAUAGCAACUAUGAAAAAAUCUGAACAACGAAAGAAAGCAAUCGAAACGGAAAAGGAGUUGGAUCAAUUAUGGCACAACAUUGAAACAGAGAAACUAAGAGACCGUACGCAGUUAAUGAUAGCUGAAGAACAGAUGCGAGAUGAAGAUAUAACACUACUUGCUCAAAUGCAAAAUAUGAAACCAAAAUGUCAGUCAUUAUCACAAAAGUAUGCUGAUGAUAUUAAAAGAAUAUCUGAAGAAAGGGAUCGUCUUAAGCAUAAUAUUAAAAAGACAUCUUUAAAUUUGAAUGUGUCUUCUGAACGUAACUCGUGCAACUUACAAGAAAUUGAGAGACGGUUUAAUUUGAUUCAAAACCAAUUUUUGAAACUUAAAAAUAGUAGUUGA